AUGUCAACUAUAAUAUAUAAUAAAAAUAUUAUUAAUUAUAAUAUUUUAUGCAUUACUUUUCAAAUAUAUUUUUUCAUAAACGGUGAAAAUUCCAAUAAUCAAAAUAAAAAACCGAAUAAUUCUACAAAUUCAAUAAUGAUCAUUUUAUUAGCUGUGUUAUUAUUCAUUCAAUUCUCAAAUUCCAAACUUUGUCGAAUUGAAGAGAAAGUCGAGAAAUACACACAAGAACAAACCUCACCUUCUUAUGAAGAAAUUACCGCACAAGUUUCAAGUAAUUUAUACACCAAAAUGAUGAGCAGUAAAACCGCCACGCUUACACCUCUUUCUUCAUGUACAAAAGGUCGUAUCACAAGUUAUGUUGGAUGGGAAAAGGGUGGUUCCUGUUCCUUUGGUCCAAAAACAGAAGAAGUGGUUCUUCCUGGCUACAUGUUUGGUGCCGCGCCCAAUUGGGCUUUUUACAACAAUGCCACCAAAUGUGGGGUAUGUUAUGAAAUGGUAGGACCGGUCGGUACCUUGCGUUUUCGUGUAGAAGAUUCAUGUCCAGCCAAUGCGGACAAUAUCCCAUGUCAAGGUGAUAUGAUACACUUCGAUCUUCACAGUAAUGCACAGCAGUAUGUUGCUGAACAUGGGAUGGUCAAUGUGACGUUCAGAAUGGUCGCCUGCGACUAUCCCGAAGGCACCAAAAUUAAAACUGUCAAUUAUAAAAGUUCGAACCCGGCGUGGUUUGCUUUUGUAGUGAAUGACCACUACAUUGGCGUCAAAAGUGUCUUAAUGAAAGACUCGGAUUUGAUCACUGAUUUUGUUUCAUUAAACAGAACGUGGUACAACACUUGGGAGUUCCAAAUGUUACAGCCUGGGAAAACGUAUUUCUACUCAUUGAAGACGCCAAUCACCUUAAAAAUCUAUUCAAUCAAUGACGACUUUGUCACUGUGACAGUGACAAAUACAACAGGUGGUGCCGUGAACGUCGCAGAUGGCAAUUUCAAAGUCGCAGAUGGGCUAUUUUAUAAUGUGGAAACACUUCAAAAGAUCACAAAACCAAAGAAUGAGCCGGAGUGCUGUACUUUGUGGGACGACUACAGUGUGUUGUACCAAGAUAGUAUUAUUGGAGUCUAUAACAACUGGUCGUAUAAGUCGACAAUCAACUUUAAAUCGACGAAUAGUCCAAAAGUCGGUAAAUAUUGCAUUGACAUGACCGCAGACGCAUUCGGCGCUUUACAACUUGCGACUAAUUUUGCGGCAAGAGCAGACCAAUACAGCGCAAUUCAAUUCUACGUGAGAGGGACGGUGGACUCUGAAAGAAGCUUAUUGGUCAGAGCUUAUAAAACGACGGGAGCUGACAAGUUUGUGCCCGUCAAAAAGAACACGUGGACUUACUACAAAUUCUUGUUUUCAGAACUGAAUAUCACCAAUAAUAGUUUCUGGGGGUUUACUGCUAUAAACCAGAAUUCAUCAACAAACACUUAUUCGUUCGAUGAGGUCACUUUAAUCAAAAAUGAAGACGCUCCGGAUAUUGCAAUGUGCUGGGAUAAUGGGAGUGGUACCAAUAGUGAAAGUAAAACAGAUAAUGAUAGUAAUAUAAACAGUGAAAGUAAAACGAAUGAUGAAAGUAAUAUAAACAGCGAGAGUAAUAUUAAUGAUGAAAGUACCAAUAGUGGUACUGAAACAAAAGAAGGGAGUGUUCAAACAAAUGUUGUGUUAGUGGUUACUCUAAUAGUUGUCGUACUUUUUCUUUAA